AUGCAUCCUAUCAUUGGACCAAAAACAAUACCUCAACAAUUAUCCAAAAAAGAACUUAAAGAAAAAGAAAUCCCAGAAAAUAAAAAUCCAAAUGCUUAUAUCAUAGUAAGAUAAGAUUCCUUGAUAAAUUAACAAUUGAAUCCCAUAGAAACUUACAGUAUCUAAGAUUCUCCUAAUAAACCUAUACCAAUCAUUUAUAAUCGUCCUUCCUUAUCUAAAUAAGAAAUAUUUAUAGAUCUUUGUACCCUUACACUUUUUAUCUAUACAUUUUAUGAGUUUGUCUAUUAAUAUGAUUAAUUACCUUCAACUGUAGAUGUAGACUUUGGAUUUGAUUCUUCAUUCAAAUCAAUAGAUAAAGAAUAUUUAGCCUUAAUAUUAUUAGGAGAUACAGUUUUCUUAGUUUUACUCUCUAUUUUAUAGUGUUUCACUCAUAAGUUUAAGUAAAAUUAGCUUAUAUGAAUUUCUAGAUAUUUAGUUGAAAUUAAAUAAUCCAACUCUGAAAUGAUUUUUAGAUACACACGUUAUUUUAUUAGUUCCUAUAAACUAUCUACGAUGGCUUUAUUUAUGUAUGCCACAGUUUCUAUUUUUAAAAUUAUUGGCAAGUAAUGGGAACCAUACACUAUAUACUUAUCAUCAAUCUUUUCAAUAUUCUUUAUUGUGUUUGGGGUGAUUUAUUACAAAAAAAUGAAUUACAUAGCAAAUAAUCCAUUCCUUUGA